AUGUCCGACGUCCAAGAACGCCUCAAGAAGCUCGGCCUCGGUGCCCGAACUGGCCGAACAUCGCAGCUAACGGAACGACUUAGUGGAAAGGGUACCCCCCGACGAAAGGUCAAGCGCGCACCUGCCCGCUCCGGUGCCGACGACAAGAAGCUUCAGCUCGCCCUUAAGAAGCUGAACACCCAGCCCAUCCAGGCCAUCGAGGAGGUCAACAUGUUCAAGCAGGACGGAAACGUCAUCCACUUUGCUGCCCCCAAGGUCCACGCCGCUGUCCCCUCCAACACCUUCGCCAUCUACGGUAACGGUGAGGACAAGGAGCUCACUGAGCUUGUCCCCGGCAUCCUUAACCAGCUCGGCCCCGACUCCCUUGCUUCUCUCCGCAAGCUCGCUGAGAGCUACCAGAACCUCCAGAAGGAGAAGGGUGAGGACGACGACGAGAUCCCCGACCUUGUCGAGGGUGAGAACUUCGAGGGAGAGCCCAAGGUCGAGUAA